AUGCCAACUGCGCGUAAGACAUCGCACAAAGAAGCAAGGAAGCUAGAUCCUCCGUUGACCAGCAGUGUAGCAAUACCACGAGCUGAAGCCCACGGUGAUGACGUCCUAGUCCUUCGCGAGGAAGAUCAUGGCGAUGACGUUUUGCUUCUCAAGACAAAACGUGGCAGUGACGAUGAUGAAAGCGUCCCUUGGCUCAAACGUGAAGAGCAGGACGACGAUAACGUCCUGCUCUUGAGAGGAGAGUCGGGAGAUUACGUCGACAACGAUGUCCCUUGGCUCAAGCGAGAAGAGCAAGAUGACGAUAAUGUAUUGCUCUUGAAGGGAAAGCGUGAAGAGAACGAAGAGAGUGAUGUUCCUUGGCUCAAGAGGGAGGAAGAUAACGAUGACAAGGUCUUACUCCUCAAGUGA